UCGCUUCCUCUUCUGCGCGGAGGCGCUUCUGAUUAUUUUCUGAUCAGAGCCGGAAGAACAAGUGACCCGCACAGUUGCGAUCUUUGAGAGGAAAAGCCAGCUAGAUUUGUUUGUGUGGACAGCCUGACCAGUGUGUUUCAGCGCUCGGUGUAACUCCAGUGUUGUGCCUCGGGUUCUUGUCCCUCCCUGUAGAGGGCUGUGAACGCUGAUCCGCUGCCAGGCCUCCAGAUGAGUUCUCGGAAGGAUCCGGUGCAGGAGGAGGAGUGCAGGAUAUCCAAUGUGUGCCGGAAGCAGGAUGUGGAGCUGACAGAGCUGGGGCCGCUGCUGGAUGAGAAGGAAGAUGCUCAGGCCAGUGCAGUCUCCGCUGAUGGGGGAGAGGGGCCAUCGGGGGCCACAGCCUGCCCCGAGGAGGAGGAUGAUGAAGACGAGGAAGGAGUGGGCAUCCUCACCCUUCCUCUGCAAGCUCACCAUGCCAUGGAAAAAAUGGAAGAGUUUGUAUACAAGGUUUGGGAAGGGCGCUGGAGGGUGAUCCCCUUCCACGUGCUGCCUGACUGGCUGAAGGACAACGACUAUCUCCUGCACGGGCACCGUCCCCCCAUGCCGUCUUUCAGGGCUUGCUUCCGGAGCACCUUCAGGCUCCACACGGAGACCGUCAACAUCUGGACUCACCUAGUGGGGCUCAUUCUCUUCCUGGCUCUGGGCAUUCUCACCAUGUUCCGGCCCAACAUGUACUUCAUGGCCCCCCUGCAGGAGAAGGUGGUGUUCGGGAUGUUCUUCCUGGGGGCUGUGCUCUGCCUCAGCUUCUCCUGGCUCUUCCACACCGUCUACUGCCACUCGGAGAAGGUCUCCCGCACCUUCUCCAAGCUGGAUUACUCGGGCAUCGCUCUGCUGAUCAUGGGCAGCUUCGUCCCCUGGCUGUAUUACUCCUUCUACUGCUCGCCCCAGCCUCGCCUCAUCUACCUGUCGGUCGUGUGUGUGCUGGGCAUCGCUGCCAUCAUCGUGUCCCAGUGGGACCGCUUCUCCAUCCCCAAGCACAGGCCCACACGAGCAGGUGUGUUCGUGGGCCUGGGGCUGAGCGGCAUCGUACCCACAAUGCACUUCACCAUCGCCGAGGGCUUUGUCAAGGCCGCCACAGUGGGGCAGAUGGGCUGGUUCUUCCUCAUGGCUGCCAUGUACAUCACGGGCGCCGGGUUGUACGCUGCCCGCAUCCCGGAGCGCUUCUUCCCUGGCAAAUGCGACAUCUGGUUUCAGUCUCAUCAGAUCUUCCACGUGCUGGUGGUGGCUGCAGCCUUCAUCCACUUCUACGGAGUGUCGAACCUGCAGGAGUUCCGCUAUGGCCUGGAGGGGGGGUGCACUGACGACUCGCUGCUUUGAGGAACACGCCCCCGGGGCCAGAGCCCACCAUGCCCCAAGUGCUUCUGUAACUUAAUGAAUUCAAGAUAUAUAAAUAUACACAGUGUCACCAAGCAUGAGAGUCACUUUCCCUGCGUUUCAAUACCCAGAGUUCUGUAUGCUGUAUUAAACUGUAACAAUUCCCAGUAGAGCGAAGACUUCAAUGAAGAUUUAAUAAUGAUAUUUAAUUUGCACAUAAUUUAACUUCAAAGCACCUGAUCAGAGUCCGAAAGCAAUCUCGGGAGACAGCAGCUGACAAGCAUUGUGGCUUUUUGAGUUGCUUCCAAGUUCUGCCUAGAAUUCUGACCCGAGCACUUUUGGAAGCUGUGGAUGAAAAUGAGUCCAAUGCAGCGUCUGUUUCAUCCAAAUUUCUUUUUAAGUUCCCCUCUGGUUAGUGACAGAGCAUUGUGUUUGACAGCGUGCACAAGCACUUACUGGGCUGUGGGUGUUGCAUCUAAGGGGAAGUGCUGGGGUUGCCACUGUGUGUAUAUAUAUGUAUAUAUAUAUAUAUAUAUAUAUAUAUAUAUAUAUAUAUAUAUAUCAUUUGGGGACUUUGUAUUCUUACUGCUUUGAAAGGACAAUCCCAGAAUGGGUUUGUUUCUGAAUUAGUAUUCUCUUCUAGCUUGGUAGAGGUUGGGAUGCCCUAUACGGGGUUAUGUGACUCUUCCCACAGAAUCGUAGUGUUUCUGGGAACAGUUUGUAGCGUUAGACAUGGAGGGAGGAGGCCCGUAUUCUCCAUGUUACUCGGCGAGCCAGUCCACGUCAGACACAUGAUCCUGGGCUUCAAUUCCAACCUUUUUUUGAUUGUUUUUUUGCCAGUUGUAAAAUCCUGCCCGCUGAGCUCUCGGAACGAGAGAAACCCUUCAAGCGUGUUUUCAGACUCCUGGGAAGCAGGAAAGGGCUGCAGAAAUUGCAUUGUGCAGCUUUUCCACUUCGGACACGUUUUUAAGUUCAGAAAAUGUUUUGCAGAUAUGUCGACUAAAUGUAGUGAAUAUGCAGAUUUCGUGGCAUGUGUGUUUAGCAGAUUUUUAACAAACGUGAAAUUAGGGCCUGCAAACAUUCCCUGGUUUUCUGACAGUGGUAGUGAUAUUUUUAAGCCUGAAUGCACGCAUGCCAACUUUACUAAAAGAUAAUGCUGUCUAUUAUUAUUAUUAUUAUAUUAUUAUUAAUAUUAUUAUUAUUAUUAUUAGUAUUAUUAUUUCAUUCUUGAUCUCAUUUUGUUGUUAUCAGUGAUGCCUGUGUUUCUACCCCGUGUGAAAUGCCCAAUGUCAAAUCCCACCUCAUGACCUUAACCCAUACCUGUAAAACACUGGAUGACAGGAUGGAGGCUGGGCAGGAACCAGCGACAACCGUGCUCCACAAGCGGGCUCCUUAACCACAAUGACAAUCGACUCGUCUUUCAGGGGAACAGCAUUCUUUUACUGGUGAGCUCUCUGGGUGCUGGAUAUCUGAUCUCUCUGCCCGCUGUAGAGUCUCUAGAUAAUCUGGUGACCAGAUCACCAACAAAUGAUACUGGAAGCCUAGAUCUUCAGCGGCAGAGUCUCUUGUUUUUAAAGAUCUGCAUUCGAGGCCGUUACCCCUUCGCUUUCCACAAGAGUCACGCCCAGCCCUGCAACUUUCUUAAAGCUGCAGUCUGGGUUCUGUCACGUCCGUUAGCAUCCCCAGCUCGGGCCUUUUCACUGCCCGGUUUGUUUACGUUCCCCAAAAGUAGUUUCAGCUGCAGAGACACAAACUUCUCGGCGCAGCUCUGCCUGCAGCGGCAGGAGGUUAUGCAGUGGAGUCUGACUUCCACAGUUUCCAGCAUUGGCCAGAGCACGUGAAAGCUUUGGAAUCUUUUUUUAAUUGAUCCCCACAAAAAAAAAAAAACAAAGUGGUCGAACUGUCAAAUCUGUGGAAGCAAGCUCUUCUGCUAAUUGAAAUCAUGAGGCAAAGACUCACUUUUUAAUUCGAGGUAGGAAUCUGAUAAUAUAUUGAGAUUCUGUAAGAUUUUUACUUGCGUCUUGAGAACUUCUUAUCUGAUAAAACCAAGCAGCAGCAUUCUUUAUUAGAAGCGGUGACAUGUGGAGGCACUUGGGAGAUCCGGGGGAAUGCCUUCUCUCAUUGGCGGAGCUCGGAACACUUUCCAUACUGGGAGUAGGGGUGGUGCCCCCAGUUUGGUGCUAACACUGUGCCUGUGGUUUAAAGUUGUGCUGACCAGGGUUAGCUGUUAACACAAGCAUCAUCACUGGAACCCUUUUUUCAUAUCCUGCUCACUCCAGUGAUCUAGCAGCAGACCUUGAAUAUUUUGUUAAGUUUUGUAGAUGGGGGUUUACCGGUUUUACAAAUACUACAGAUCAAAAAAUAAACAUCCUGCUGCUUUUUGUGGCACACUUCCUGUGCUGCAGGUAACGAGGUCUGAUUGCAGCAAUAUCAUUGGAGUGAAGUUGACCUACGGCACAGGACAUGAGGUACCGGCAGCUUUCCUUUAUGCAGUCACUAGCCCAGUUAAAGCAGAACUGUAAUUGGGCUAGUGAUUAUGUUCCUGAUGCCCUGGUGAGUACUCCUUUAACAAGAUUGUAACUGAACACUGUAAAUGAAUACAGUACACCUGGCCUCAUUAACACUGUUUUUAUCCAAGUUGAAUCAAUAGGGAAUUGUUUUUUUAAUGGCACAAACAUUUCCUCAUUGUAGUAUAUGUUUUUGUGCCAUCAAUGGACUGUUGACUGCUGUGUAUAGAAAGAUAAGCCUUGUAAAGGUUCAGACUAACACAAGCGUGUAACAUUCUCCUCCGUGUGCGUUAAAUAUGUCAUUUCAUUUUGUCCUUUUGUAUGUAGUUCUGUGGUCAGAUGUAUUUAAGUUUCUCACACAGGUCACUUUUAGAUGUUGAAAUGUUAUAUUAUUAAAUCUUGAAUACUCUGCUUACGAGG